CCCCCAGCUGAAGCCAUGUGAGGGGGCGGGGGGGCCGACCCAGCUGCGCUCCCCCGGCUCCCGGCCCCCUCCCCGCCCGCGCCCGCCACCAUGAUGUUCCGGGACCAGGUGGGCAUCCUGGCGGGCUGGUUCAAGGGCUGGAACGAGUGCGAGCAGACGGUGGCGCUGCUGUCGCUCCUCAAGCGCAUCACCCGCACCCAAGCCCGCUUCCUGCAGCUCUGCCUGGAGCACUCGCUGGCCGACUGCACCGAGAUCCACAUCGUGGAGUCCGAGGCCAACAGCGCAGCUGUGGUGAGCCAGUGGCAUCAAGAGCCCAAAGACAAGGUCAUCUCCCUGCUCCUGACUCACUUGCCCCUGCUGCAGCCGGGCAACAUGGAUGCCAAGACCGAGUACAUGAAGCUGCUGCAGAAGGUGCUGGCCUACUCCAUUGAGAGCAACCUGUUCAUCGAGGAGAGCCGGCAGCUGCUGUCCUACGCCCUCAUCCACCCUGCCACCACCCUAGACGACCGCAACUCCCUGGCCCUCUGGCUGGGCCAUCUGGAAGACCGCCUCUCGGGCGCCUUCUCCGGCCAAAGCCGAGGCCGGGCCGACCCCACCUACCACUCCCGCCAAGGCUCGGACGAGUGGCAGGGCCCCGGCGAGCCGGGGGUGGGGGAGCUGGGCCACGGCUGGCAGGACAAGCCGCCCCGCGAGAACGGACACUUGCCCUUCCACUCUUCCAGCUCGGUGCCCUCGGCUAUUAACAGCCUCGGGAGCAACGCCAAUGCAGCUCUGCCCUGCCAAAUCCACCCCAGCCCGCUCAAGCGCUCCAUGUCCCUCAUCCCCACGAGCCCCCAGGGCCCCGGGGACUGGCUGGGGGGCGAGGAGCUGGGUGCCCGCUCGGCCUUCGGGCCCGGGGACCACGCGCCCCUCUCACCCCAAAGCAGCGUGGCCUCCUCGGGCAGCGAGCAGACGGAGGAACCAGGGGGCAGCCGCAACACCUUCCAGGAGGAUGGGAGUGGCAUGAAAGACGUGCCCUCGUGGCUGAAGAGCCUGCGGCUGCACAAGUACGCGGCGCUCUUCUCCCAGCUGACGUACGAGGAGAUGAUGACACUCACGGAGCAGCACCUGGAGUCACAGGUGGGCCGGGAUCCAGGGCCUCCCUCGGCCGCUGCCACCUUCAGCUCCGGGUUCUCCCCGCUCCAGAACGUGACGAAAGGCGCCCGGCACAAGAUUGCGCUGAGCAUCCAGAAGCUGCGGGAGAGGCAGAGCGUCCUCAAGUCCCUGGAGAAGGACAUCCUGGAAGGCGGGAAUCUGUGGACGGCGCUGCAGGAGCUGCAGCAGAUCAUCGCGACGCCCAUCAAAGCCUACAGCUCCCUGCAGGCCUCGCCUGCACCCAAGGAGGCCGUGCCCGAGCGCCUCGGGGGUCCCCCCAAGCCCAGCCUGGACAAGCCUGGCGGUGGGGCCGAGGACAAGGCCCCCCUGGGCGACAGCUUCCAGGCCCAGCCCCCUGCGCCGGGCGAUGGCGAGUCAGCCACCGCCCCCAUCCCUGAGGGUGACAUCCCGGGGCAGUUCACGCGAGUCAUGGGCAAAGUGUGCACCCAGCUGCUGGUGUCGCGGCCGGACGAGGAGAACAUCACCAGUUACCUCCAGCUCAUCGAGAAGUGCCUGACGCAUGAGGCAUUCACGGAGACGCAGAAGAAGCGGCUCCUGUCGUGGAAGCAGCAGGUGCUGAAGCUGCUGCGGGCGUUCCCCAGGAAGGCGGCGCUCGACCUGCAGAGCUACCGCCAGCAGAAGAGCUGGGCCUUCGGCUCCAACUCGCUCCCCAUAGCAGGCUCUGUGGGGGUGGGGGUGGCACGCCGGGGUCAGCGCCCGUUCCCGGUGCCCCCCCGCCCCUUGGCCCCCGGCCGCAUGGGGCUGCUCAGCCCGGCCGGCCUCGGUGCCGUCUCACCCCGCCACGGCCUCAGCCCCGCCGUCGCCAGCCAGGGUCGCCAGAGCCUGUGGUUCGCCAACCCCGGGGGCAGCCACAGCAUGCCGGGGCCGGGGCGCAGCGCCGUGCAGCGCACCCACUCGCUGCCCGUGCACAGCUCCCCGCAGGCCGUCCUCAUGUUCCCCCAAGAAUGCCAGCUGCCCGGCACGGACCUGGAGAUCAACCCCACGCUGGAGUCGCUGUGUCUCAGCAUGACGGAGCACGCGCUGGGCGACGGUACCGACAAGACCUCCACCAUCUGAGGGCGCCGGGGGACCCCGCCGCGCCCUGGGACGCUUUUGGGGUUAUUCUUUUUCUUUUUGGGGUGCUUCUCAGCAGGGGGUGGGUGACUGCCCCCCCCACGGCCCCGUGGCUGCCCCCCCUCCCCGAGCGAGGUGCGGGGGCGGGGCCGGGGCCGGCCCCUCACUACAAUGGCAUCAUCUUAGACCUUCCGAUCGCUUUUUUUUCCUGUUUUCUACUUCUUUUGUUUUUGUUUUGUUUUGUUUCCUUCUGCCGUAUAAAGAUGUAGGGUUCCCUCCCAGGGGGGAGCUGGGCGUGCGAGGGGGGCGUGCAAGCCCAGGCGGGCCCCCGUGUGUCUGUGCGACACCCCCCACCCUGGCCUCUCCCGGCAGGCCGUUCCGGGAGCAGACAGUCCCAGCAGACGGGGGGAGAGCGAGGGGCCGGUCCGAGUUCCCCCUGCUUUGGAGGGGCAGGAUCGGGGCCAAAGCCCCCGCGGGGGGUGCCUGGAGAGCUGGCUCCAUCCAGGCUCACCCCGUGCUGGCGUUUGGCCCCUGAUCUGGGGGAGGGGGCAGCUAUGUGGGAAGGGGGUUGGGGUGGGGGGGCAGUGACAUUUCCUGGACCUGAUUUAAGUGCCUGGUUUAAAAGAAAUAAUUAAUUAUUUACCCCCCUGGGAUGAAACUGCCCCCCCACAGGUGGAGACCCCCUUCCCCCCUCCAGCAGAGAUGGACCCCUCCAGUGCAAGGGAAGGGUAAAGGGUGGGUGUCCCAUAGGGCCUGACUGUUGCACACGUGUGUGCCCCCCUCCCCCCAAGCUGGGCGUACCCCCGGGGGCUGAGGCUGACUCCUCCUCCCCACCCCCCAAGCUCCUGGAAGAGGAUGGGAAAGUGUGCUCUCUGUGUGGGGGGGGUGUUCUGCUGGACUCACUUUCCCAUGAUGCAUUGCACCUGUGGCCUCAGUGCAUUGUGGGAAAGGUUCCCAUGAGCCUUUGCAGCAAGUUGAGGGAGUUUCAGCCUCCACCCCCCAGACGCUUGGGGGUGCAAAUGGCCAGGCCUGUGGUGGGAGUGGGUGCGUGCACAUGCGUGUGUGUAAGCGUGUCAGUGACUACACUACAGGGGGGUGGGUCCUGGGGGGAGGAGUGUGCCCCCAGCUCCGCCCCCUCAGCCUGGCUUACCCUUUUCCCUGCCCCCCUCUUCUUUGCAGCCCCUAACAGUAAGGUGGGGGGUAAAGCAGGGCCCCCCAUGCAGCUUCCUCAGAGCGGGACACUUCCCUCCCACCCCAGGGCUGGGUCGUGGGGUCCCCUGGAAUUGGGGGGCGAGGCUGUGCUAACCCUGCCCCCUGGUGGUACAUACGUUAAUUAUGAAUUGGUCCCUCCUCCCCCCCGGGCAGCCCCCCCCUUGGUACAAACAAGCUCCCCCGGCCCCAUUAAGGGGUGGGGUAAGAAGUCCUCCCCCAGACCCCCCAGAAGGGGGCAUGACCCCCCCCUGCGCGCAGGGCCCCCCCUGCUGUUUGUACGUGCCGGCCGGCGGCUCCGGGUUCAGAUAGAAGCGUUAUUUUAGAUACGUUUUAUUAUGGAUAACUUUUGUUAUGACUAUGGCUGGUAACCAUGACGACGUUAUUAAAAAAGGCAAAACCCA